UUAAAAGUGCAACAACCGAUUUACCGACGUCGUGCUGUCAUUGUCAUAUAAAAACACAAACAUUGUGUGAACAUUCUGGAAAAUUUAAAUAAGAGAAAAGUGCUUAAAACCAUAAUAUUUCCAAGUAAAAUGGCAACACAGACCACAGAAAAUCUUAAUGAAAAUGUUACAAAUACCGAGGAGUCAUCACAAGAGAAGAAGAAGCCCUUGUUUCAAAACAUCGAUGCCGAUGAGGCGGCUGCUGAGGCAACAGAAAUUGAAUCGGCCUGCAUGAGCUGCUUUAGGACAGGAGUAACACGGCUGCUAUUGACUAAAAUUCCCUUCUUCAAGGAGGUAGUGUUGAUGUCAUUCAAAUGCGAAUUCUGUGGCUUCGAAAACAAUGAAAUUCAAUCGGCCUCCGAGAUACAGAAGAAGGGUGUGCACAUUGAAUUGGAGGUUAAGACAACAGCUGAUUUGAAUCGCAAGGUUGUGCGUUCCGAUUACACGUUGGUUAAAAUUCCUGAAGUUGAAUUGGAAAUACCAUCACAAUCGCAGAAGGGUGAAAUUACCACAGUGGAGGGCAUUAUUGAUCGAACGAUACGUGGCCUGAGUCAAGACCAGGAUAAACGUCGAAUAGAGCAUCCUGAGGCAGCAGCAUCCAUCGAUGCGUACAUUGAACGCUUGCAGGAUUUGAAAGCCUUGAAGGCACCAUUUAAUUUGAUAUUGGAAGACAUUAGCGGUAACAGUUUUGUGGAAAACCCCACUGCCCCCGCCCAUGAUCCCAACUGUAAGACUACACAAUUUAUGCGUUCCAAGGAACAAGACCAACAGUUAGGUCUAUACGAUGCAAAUGCGGUGGACGAAACUGUAGGAGAUAAAAAGGUACUCAAGGAAGACAAACACCUGUUGAAACCCAUACCCGAAGGCGAAUGGACAUUGGAGGACUUGCAUGGUGAGGUGUUACAAUUCCAAACAUUAUGUCCCGAAUGCCGUUCCCCUUGCGAGACAAAUAUGAAACUCACCAAAAUCCCCCACUUCAAAGAAGUCGUCAUUAUGGCCACCGUUUGCGAGGUGUGUGGCAACAAAACCAACGAAGUCAAAUCUGGAGGAGGUAUUGAAGCCAAGGGCACAAAAUUUGAAGUACUCAUUGAGUCGAAGGAGGAUUUAACGCGCGAUGUUUUGAAGUCGGAAACCUGCAAUUUAGUUAUACCCGAGUUGGAAUGUGAAGUGGGUCCCUCGGCUUUGGGUGGCCGUUUCACCACCGUCGAAGGUAUUCUGGUGGCAAUGAAAAAUCAAAUUGAAGGCAACGACAUAAUGUUUCAAGAUUCAUCCGAUGAGGCCUUUAAGCAUAGAUUUAAAGACUUCAUUGAAAAAUUCGAUAAAAUUUUAGCAUUAGAAACACUGGCAACUUUGGUCCUAGAUGAUCCCGCAGGCAACAGUUAUGUUCAGUCAUUGAGUGACACCGACGAGCCUGAUAGUAAACUGAAAGUUCACAAGUAUGAACGUUCCUAUGAACAAAAUGAGGAGUUGGGACUGAACGAUAUAAAAACCGAGAAUUAUGAAGAAUAACAGCAGCUGUACGCUAUGCUUACAGGAGAUAUAUUUUUACAAUUUUUACUUCCAGAGUGGAAAAGUGUUUAUGAAAUAAAUGAAUGAUUUACAUACACACAA